AAGUGUUAUCGCUGGGUCUCGGAACAAUGAGCAAUAGUCAUUUUUCCGAGCGCUGGGUAUAGCAAUAUGUUCGAAAGAUGGAGAUGUUUAUAUUCAACCAACCAAUAAUAGUUGGACUUCGACGUCGCGCGCACAUUGUAGCUACCUUUCCUGCAUAAACAAAACGUACCUAGCUAUAAUGUAAACCAAAACUUAUUUAUCGAGUUGUCGCCGCUGUGAUUUUUUUUUUCUUCUGGCUUCCGCGGCUAGCGAUGUGCCAAUGACAAAUCUUGAGACUGUGAUUUUCUGCAGUGUCCGCACGACAUUGCUUUUCAACUUCGUGGUAAUAAUCUAAAUAAAUAAAAAUAAAUCAAUCAAGUUGUCCUCGAGUUUCGUAGAGAUUUGCUUGUUACUCAGUGCAGUGAACUUUGUGUUUGGCAAGAUGGGAGCAGAAUCAUCAAAAGCCGAGGAAAAAUUAAGACAAAGUUCGGGUGUCACGCGUUCCGAAGUCAAUAAACUUUUAGCGCAACAAAAAAGGGACUAUGAGACUAAAUUAAGAGAGUUGCAAAUUAAAAAUGCAAACACAAAUGUUUCUGUAGCAAGGGAAGCAUCUGAGAGGAAUCUGGACCGUAUAAUAGCGCAACAAAUAAAUGAGCUAGUUCAACAUUCAAACUCGCUUACCGUUUCGCCGCAAAGCGCUCUGCAUACGGCUCAUCUAUUGCCAGGCUCUCACAGACAAUCACCAGCAAAUUAUGGCCAAUCGUCAAGUUCCACUCAGAGUCAAUUAUAUCCGAACCUUAGCGCCGUGAAUAAUGCAGCAUGUUCGACGAACCUAACAUAUGGUCAACCAUCUCCACAGAAGAUGAAAGAAUUCACUCAAUCUGGCAUCAGUCAAGAUCAAGACUUCGUAAUUGUUAACAAGGACAGUCAAAGGUUCAAACCCUCAGCGCCAUCAUGCUCAGCCGUUAACCGCACCCCUCGCAAAUCAAAACCAUCAACAUCCAGAUCCCAAUCAAACAAUGAUGAAGACGAGGCGUUGAACUGUGUAACAUGCAAAGAAAAAUAUGGACAAAAGAUUUUCCAAUGUCCCCGCGGACACAGUUCUUGUGAAAACUGCAAGCUUAAAUCACUUACUUGUGGGAUGUGCGUGAAUGCUAUUGGUGAUACAAGAAAUAUAACACUUGAAGCGUACGUCUGCGAGAGAAAAAUCCCAUGUCCUAAUGCCUUGGAUGGUUGUAACCUUUACAUCAAGGUGGCAGACAUGGACAAUCAUGUUAAGGAAUGCCCUUUCAACGAAAUCCUGUGCCCGCUUCACAACAUUUUCGGCCGUUGUACGUGGCGAGGCAAAAUAUCCCAGCUGGCGACACAUUUUAACGACGUGCACCCUGAGAAUCGCCAGGGCCAAGUCGAUUCUGAAAUGGUUCUAAUUAACAUAAUUGACAACAACCACAUCGUACACCAUAUCGACAUUUCUUGCUUCAACUUUUUAGUUCACCUGAAAGUCGAUGAAGUUGAACGUAAGAUUUACAUGGCAGUUCAAUUAAUGGGUACGAAGAUGAGUGCUGCAAAGUGGUAUUACGAGUUGCAGAUGUACAACAAGAGAGAACCGCGCAAGAAAUUCACCUGCAGUGACAUCUGUCAAUCUCAUGCCACCCCUAUAAAAGAUAUCUUUGCAGAUUCUAGCUGUGUGGUGAUUCCUCAGUCGUACGCUAUGAAUUACGUCAAUGACGGCUGUAUUACUUAUAAGUUUUAUAUAAAGAAGGACUCUGAAUUUAAUCCUCCCAGCAAUUUUAGAGGGCGUGGACGCGGCAGGGGCCGCGGCCGCGGUCGUGGGGCGGCAACUAAUUCGUAAACAAAACUGUUAGGUACUUUGACUUACAUUAGGCCAGAAUCAUUACGUAUACUUUAUUAUUCAGACUGAUUACAUGGGCAACGCAUGAGCCCUAGUACGGUCCUGGUCAAAUGUCUCCUUUUUUUUCCUUUUUACGAGUAUUCUAAUGUUACUAUUUCCAUUUAAUUUCAAUUUAUUACUAUAAUUAUAACAUGUAAGAACUUAUACAUUUUGGAUUUCAAUGUAUCUUCUGACCGAUUGAAGCGAUGUUGUUUUCCACAAAUUUUCAUUUAGGGUAGAUGUAAUUGAAUAGAAGGCCAUAUUGAAGCAAUUAAUGCAAUGAGGGCAGUUUUAGUUGAAUUGCUUCAGUUUCACCUUUUCAGACCCUGAUCAUAUUAGAAAUAACGUAUAUUUUGUCCAUGGCAUUUUUGGUGUAAGUAGUCUUUGAACGAUUCCGCUUCUGACCCGGCCAAACGAUCCGAUUUGGCUAAAAAAUACUAAAGGUUUGAUCCUUAGGGUUGGGCGAAGCUCAAGGUUUCAUUGAUUACCUAUUUGAUAACGAUAUAUAACUAUCUGGGACGAACGAAGUAUCAUCAAGGGUCUUACAAGCUUGCUACGGGUAUCAUAUUGCUCCAAGCUUUUGGCAUGUCUAUAGCGGUUAUUACAUUUGCCAAUCCAUCCUGCCUGCGUCAAGGUCACAGGCUGCGCGAUCGGGAUCGUGUUAGUCUAAUAGCAAAUUGGUGCGUUGUCACCAUGGUAACCACGAUGUCGAGCGAGUGGGGCGUAACCAUAGUAACCAUGAUCUUGAGCGAGUUGGUGGGGCGUAACCAUGGUAACCACGAUCUCCAGUUACUCUGAUAACGUCGAUUUUCCCAAUUUCGAUGUGACCUUGACGCAUCGGUCUGGGUAGAUUGUGUAGUGUAAAUAAAUUAUAAUAACCGCUUAUAUGUUGGUCACAUCAAAUUGUUUUAUCUAUCGCGUUAAUAUACUCUCUUGCUUAGGCGUAUUCAGUAGAGCAAUAGCAAAACUUACACGCCUGUACUAGAGGCAAAGGUAACCAACUACCUUCGUCCAAAGGAGAGAAAUAAAAACGUGUUUAAAAACAUUUGUGUACAGCAAAUGGCGCCAGGUAGGGUGUACCACUGGUGUAAAUAAUUAUAAUUUGUUGUUACCGAUUUUAAAAGGCAUCUGAUAAAAAGCCAAAGAUAAUUAACGUUAUCACAAUCAUGGCCUUAUUACGCGUAUCUUUUGUGGAUUUUUAAGCAAAUCAGUGGCCUAGUUAGGUGGAUUAGGGCCCCGGACUGACCAAAAAGUGUCUGAUUUUGCAAACUGACGCAUCUGCAAUAUUUUGCUAAAACAAUUUGGUGCAAAUCGGAUGCGCUAAAAAUUAGCGAUAUCAGCGACGAAAUGAUGCUCCUUGGAAGGGGGAAUAUUUUUUGUAAGGGAAGAGAUAAGUAGGUCCAUGAGUCCAUUUGGACUUAGGGAGCCCACAGUGGUGUUGCUUUUUCAGUACUAAGUGAAAGCGGAAUAGUUGGACAUUUUUUUCCACUGAAGCCACUUCUCCAUCAUGUUCUUCCAUUGAGCCAUAAGAUGGAGCCAUAAUAGAUUUGUUAAGUUAGCAUUUAAGAAAAGCAUUAUAUUCAAUCACAGUUCCAGAAAUUUCGUAUCUAUUGGAAUUUUAUUUUUUAUAUGAAACAGGAGGACUCAGAUACAUUUGGGGGCCCUGGAUCAGCUAUUGAUUAUAUUAUUCAAUUGUAUUUUAUUAAUGAUUCCAAUGUAAGUUCCUUUCAUUCAAUAAAGCAUGUAAUCAAUA